GUCAAAGGGGGCGCUGUUUUCCGCUCUCAUUGUUACCGCCUUCUGUGUGGCGCAAAGCAAGCCAGGCGCCAGAGGAAAAUGGCGGACGGUGUAGAUCACAUCGACAUCUACGCCGACGUAGAGGAGGAGUUCAGCCAGGAACCCGACUACCCCGUCCAUGAACAGAUCGACCUGUACGACGACGUGAUAUCCCCAUCGGCCAAUAAUGGUGACGCGCCAGAGGACCGCGACUACCUGGACGCGCUGCCUGCACAGGGGGGCUCAGAUGGAGGCAAGGCCGCCCCGCCCAAUGUGGUGUACACCUACUCUGGGAAGAGAAUCGCUCUGUACAUUGGGAACCUCACGUGGUGGACAACAGAUGAGGACCUCACAGAAGCAAUCCGCUCAAUAGGGAUCACAGAUGUGUUGGAAAUCAAGUUCUUUGAAAACAGAGCCAAUGGGCAAUCCAAAGGGUUUGCCCUGGUAUGUGUUGGCUCAGAGGGGUCAUCCAGGAAGCUAAUGGAGCUUUUGUCCAAGAGAGAGUUGCACGGUCAGAAUCCCAUUGUGGCGCCGUGCAACAAGCAGUCUCUCAGCCAGUUUGAGAUGCAGUCCCGUAAAAGUAAGCACAGCACACAAUCGGGACAGAUGUCUGGCGAAGGUAAAGCCGGUCCUCCGGGCGGCGGCCGUGCCGGUUUUCCGAUGGGCAGUCGAGGAAGUCGAGGCAGGUUCCCCGGGCCGCCCAGCGGCCCUGGAGGAGACCGCUUCCCAGGUGGUGUUGGGCCCGGUGGACCGCCGCCACACUUCGCUGGCUCGGGGAUGAGACCUGAUUUGAUCAGGCACCAAGAUGGCCACCUGGAUAUGAAUUUCAAUCCUGGGAGCUGGCGUGACAGAGGUGGGAUCCAGGGCCCCCCACGUCCCCCUCCAGGUCCACCCGGCCCACCAGGACCACCUCCUGGCCAGGGCCUGCCCCCACCCCUCGGUCCUCCAAAUCGUGGUGACAGGCCACCUCCCCCCGUUCUCUUUCCCGGUCAGUUUGGCCAGCUACCUUUAGGGCCCCUGCCUCCCGGCCCCCCGCCCCCAGGUUACGGUCCACCUCCCGGACCGCCGCCGCCCCAGCAAGGCCCCCCGCCCCCAGGACCGUUCCCGCCACGUCCCCCGGGCCCGAUCGGCCCCCCCUUGGCUCUGGCUCCACCGCCUCACUUGGGAGGUCCCCCGCCCGGCGGGCCGCCGCCUGCUCCCCAUGUCAAUCCCGCCUUCUUCCCCCCGCCUGGUGGCAACAACAUGCCGCCCAAUGACAGCAGGGGCCCCCCUGGACCAAAUGACCCAUAUGGACGCCCGCCACCUUAUGAGAGAGGAGACUAUGGUCCUGGAGGCCGGGACAUGGAGUCAUCACGGACCCCUCUGAGCGAGGCCGAGUUUGAGGAGAUCAUGAACAGGAACCGAGCCAUCUCCUCCAGCGCCAUCUCCAGAGCGGUUUCUGAUGCCAGUGCAGCUGACUAUGGCAGCGCCAUCGAGACGUUGGUCACCGCCAUCAGUCUGAUUAAGCAGUCCAAAGUAUCGGCGGAUGACCGCUGCAAGGUCCUCAUAAGCUCUCUUCAGGACUGUCUCCACGGAAUAGAGUCCAAAAGUUACGGCUCCACCAGGCGAGAACGUUCCAGAGAGCGCGAUCACAGCCGCUCGAGGGAAAAGAGCAGACGGCACAAGUCCCGCAGUCGCGAGCGCCACGAGGACUACUACCGCGAACGGAGCCGUGAGCGGGACCGACACCGCGAGAGGGACCGUGACCGAGACCGGGAGAGGGAGAGGGAGCGGGAGUAUCGGCACCGCUAAUGGACAAGUUGAGCUCACUACCUAACACCAAUGGACGGACGGACACGAGGAGGACGGACUUCGGCCCCACCCACCGCCACCGCCUGCAUGACUGGACACUCAACGCCUCCUCCUCCUCCACCAUCCAUCCAUCUCCUUUGCCCAUGCUUCUCUCUGUCUGGUCAUCUAGUGUGCAGAGUGGAUGGAGGUGGCGCCCGUGUGCAAGGCUUUUCAAACAUCUAACUCAUGGUAAUUGGAAAUGUUUCCAUUCAGCUCGUUUAUUUUUAUGGUGUUUUUAUUUUACGCGCUUAUGUUUUUUCUCUCGUCUCUCAAAACAAUGAGCAGGCCUACCUUUCCUCUUGAUAGAAGGCAAGCGUUAUCUUGUGGUUUGUUUUCCGCGCACUGUGCAGUGUUCACUCAGUUUAGAGCAGUUUUUAUAUAGGGUACAUGUUUGCCACCCCCCCACCUGCCCCUCUUUCAUUCUCAUUUCUUCUCAUGCUUAGUGUUUGUGAAUGUCCCUGUUUUUGAUUAAAUCUAGAUGGUGUUGUAAUAAAACAUGUUUACUGAGGUACACACUGUCGGAACUGACUCAUUUAUAUUAAAUGUACUGUAAAGUCUUUGCCACUAUGUUAUAGAGAGUAGUUAAUGGAUGCCUUUAUUUACAAGGUAAGAUUGUACUAUUUUUGCAAUGGCAAAUGUGUAAAUUUGCAUCGACGUGGUCAUUUCAAGCAGAAGCCAAACAAUGCGUCAUUUUUUGGAUGUUGAUGUGUGUACUUGCACUGAAGAGACACCACCAGGUCCGUUGCCAGUCUUUUGAAUUUUUGAUUUCACUGCGAGUUACCUCGAGCAGCUAUUGAGUCCACUCGCGUUCAAUGUAUUGUAUAUAUUACGCCAUAGACUGUAGCUGUAAGGUGUGAAAUCCAAAUGUUGGGUGUCCAAUAAGUUCUGACUGUCAGGCUUUUAUAAAGUGAGAAAGACAGUCAGUUAACACUUCCCCUUCUGUUUGUCCACUUGGUCUCCCUGUAUUGUUAAAAUGUAAAACUCCUUUGUUGUCAUUUUUCCAUGUGCCUUUUUUUUUUUUUUUUUUUGGUUUGUCCAAUUCAUUUUUGUUCUUUUAAUUCCAACAUGCAUGUUUUUAGUAGGUUAAAUGCCCACUAACGUCAUCCUUAAAUAUUUUCAAUUGUGCACAGAAUGUCAUCCCAACACAUUGUAAUCUGGAACCACUGCUGUAGUUUUUUUUAAAUUGUGACCAAACAUUUUAAAUAUUUGAUACUGUGUUGUCCUGGCAGUGUUUCAUGUUCACAUGUUGAUCAUGUGCCGUAACUCUGUAAAGAGAGUGCAAAAAGUUGGGCACUUUUGCUUCAGACGUGUGGGUUAUGUUCCACACAGUGCACAUCCUCAUUUGUGCUUGAGAGUUCUGCAGUGUAUGUCUAUAUUGUGUGUGCGUGUGUACGCAUGGUCAGGUGGCUUGUUGUGACUUUUUCCUCCACAGUCCCCAAGGUAAGUGUUUGCAGGUUUACACGAGAAGACCGCGACGAGAAGCAUACAGGUGCAAAUGUCGGUUUUUUCAAUAGCGUACUGGAAUCUUAGAAUGGAGAGUUGAUUGUAACAUUUGCAAGGCAGUAAUAAAUGUAUUUCUACUUAAUCAUGCAAAGCGGCAUUUGACCGAUUUGAAUUGAAUAGCUUAACUUAAGCAAGAGAAGCACUGUAUUUAAUAUAAAGCUGCAUGAACCAUUCUAACUGCAGUAUUCCAAUGAGUGACUUGUAAAGCUGCUUAUGUGGGACGAUCCAGGCUAUCCAACAAUAAAACAUGGCUAAAUUUUGA